AUGGAGAGACGAGAAGAAGAAGCGGAAGAUGAGAAGAUAAUUAUACGAUCUAAAGAAGAUGUUACAAGUAUUGAUAAGUUUUUUGAGCUGAUUCCUCUGGAUCUGAUUCAUGAUAUACUCUUGAAUCUGCCAGCUAAAUCUGCUGCGAGGUUCCGUUGCGUCUCGAAGCUAUGGUCGUCCAUUACAAGACGUCCAGAAUUCAUCAGGUCGUUCGUGACUCAGUCUUCGACUCGGCUGUGUCUUGUGGUAUGCGUCAAAACAAGAGACAAGCGCUACUUUAUAACACUUCCCCAGAAUGAGCACCCGGACACAUCUUACUCUCCUGUGGACCGUUUUCAGAUUGAUACCCCUGGAUAUGAUUAUUCUUACAAUCAACCGUAUUCCGAGUCGGUCCAUGGAUUGAUGUGUGUUGCAGAUUGUCUUCGGGAGGUUGAAGUUUGGAAUCCUGCCAUGAGACAAUGUGUUACGUUACCCAGCCCGGACACGGCUGCCGGAUUUGAAUGUAUGGAAGGUUGUCAUUAUAGCAUGCAUAAGAGUUACUUUUUAGGAUACGAUCCGGUGGAAGGUAAGUAUAAAGUUUUGUGCAUCCCGAGCCGGGGAUACCCGGAUCCUCGUGAUCCUCUUGUUUUCACAUUGGGACCUCAAGAAUCAUGGAGAGUGAUCAACCACAGUAGCCCUAGACAUUUCGCUCCUCAUUGGCCCGUCGGACAUAAAGGUAUAUGCAUCAACGGACACGUGUAUUAUGAAGCAGAUUUACGUUUUAAAGUCAGUGAUGGUUUUGAGGUUGAAGAAAUCACUAUGAGCUUCGAUGUGAGGUACGAAAAGUUUAAGAUAAUCAGAAAACCAGCUGAGCCUACAAUUGGUAAAUAUUUUAUGCUCAACUACGAAGGAAAGUUAGCAUGGGUUUGCUCCGACUCCCAGUCUUCUAUAAGAUUUUGGGUUUUGGAGGACGAAGAGAAACAAGAAUGGUCGCCUAGAAACUUUCUCCUGCCUUUUCCAAUUAAUCCUCAAUGUUACCCGACCUGGGAAGACGUUGACCUAACGCUGGAGGGUGUUACUCCUGACACUGGUGAGUUCAUUUUUGUUGAUGCGGGAUUAAAUGAAAUUUAUGUGUUAUAUUAUGAUCCAAAGAGAAACCGUACAAGGAGGGUCGAAUAUGAGGGGAUUGCUGGAAACAAGGAAUUUUGGGAGGCUAAUGAUUCAAUAAGCUACAGGGACACUGUUAUCAAUGUUUACCCGAACCACAGGGAAAGUCUCAUGUCUUUGGACAACGUUCCUCGCUAUGUAUCGGUGAAUGGAGACUGA